CACGGAGCCUGUGUGAAUGCAAUGGAUUUAUGGCAGUUCACCCCUCUUCACGAAGCAGCUUCUAAGAACAGAGUGGAAGUAUGCUCCCUCUUGCUGAGCUACGGUGCUGACCCUACACUGUUAAACUGCCAUAAUAAAAGUACAAUUGAUUUGGCCCCUACACCUCAGUUGAAAGAGCGGUUGGCAUAUGAAUUCAAAGGCCAUUCGUUACUACAGGCGGCAAGGGAAUCGGAUGUGAAUCGUGUAAAAAAGCAUCUCUCUCUUGAAAUUGUUAAUUUCAGGCAUCCUCAGACUCACGAAACUCCUUUGCACUGUGCUGCUGCAUCUCCGUAUCCUAAGCGGAAACAAGUCUGCGAGUUACUUCUAAGAAGAGGAGCCAACAUCAAUGAAAAGACAAAAGACUUCCUGACACCUCUUCAUGUGGCAUCAGAAAAAGCCCAUAAUGAUGUUAUUGAAGUAGUUGUGAAGCAUGAAGCAAAGGUCAAUGCUUUGGAUAAUCUUGGCCAGACAUCUUUGCAUAGAGCAGCACACUGUGGCCACUUACAGACAUGCCGGUUGUUGUUGAGUUGUGGCUGUGAUCCCUCCAUUAUAUCACUGCAGGGUUUCACAGCCUCUCAGAUGGGAAAUGAAAGCAUUCAGCAGUUGCUACAAGGUAAUGUAUCAUUUUUGUUUGUGUUAAAAAUUUUUUUGAAUUUUAACAAAGGCCAAUUAGGAAUCCUCACUGAAUUCCAGACAGUAAAGAAAUUAUGCACAACACACAGUGUGAAUUGCCGGGAUAUUGAAGGGCGCCAGUCCACACCGCUUCACUUUGCGGCAGGAUACAAUAGAGUGUCUGUAGUUGAAUACCUUUUGCAGCAUGGGGCUGACGUCCACGCAAAAGACAAAGGUGGCCUGGUUCCUUUGCACAAUGCUUGUUCUUAUGGACACUAUGAAGUGGCAGAACUUCUUGUUAAACAUGGUGCAGUUGUGAAUGUGGCUGAUUUGUGGAAAUUCACUCCUUUGCAUGAAGCUGCAGCAAAAGGAAAAUAUGAAAUUUGUAAACUACUGUUACAGCAUGGUGCUGACCCUACAAAGAAAAACCGAGAUGGAAAUACCCCGUUAGACCUUGUUAAAGAUGGUGAUACAGAUAUUCAAGAUCUCCUUAGAGGAGAUGCAGCUUUGCUUGAUGCUGCGAAGAAGGGAUGUUUGGCUAGGGUGAAAAAACUGUGUUCCCCUGAUAAUGUUAACUGCCGUGAUACCCAAGGCCGGCAUUCUACUCCACUCCAUUUAGCAGCUGGUUACAACAAUUUGGAAGUUGCUGAGUACUUAUUACAGCACGGCGCUGAUGUAAAUGCACAGGACAAAGGAGGUUUAAUUCCUUUACAUAACGCAGCAUCCUAUGGGCAUGUAGAUGUAGCAGCUUUGCUUAUAAAGUAUAAUGCGUGUGUAAAUGCUACAGACAAAUGGGCUUUCACACCUUUGCAUGAAGCAUCCCAAAAAGGAAGGACACAGCUUUGUGCCUUAUUAUUGGCCCAUGGAGCUGAUCCUACUCUGAAAAACCAGGAAGGACAAACGCCAUUAGACCUAGUCACCGCAGAUGAUGUUAGCGCACUCUUGGCAGCUGCCAUGCCACUUUCUGUCUUACCAUCUUGUUAUAAGCCUCAGGUUAUAAAUGUGUCUCAGAAUACAGGAACAUCAGCUGAUUCACUUUCUUCCAUUCCGUCCAGUCCAUCUAAUUUGUCAGCUGCCAGUAGUCUGGACAGCUUGUCUGGUAGCUUUUCUGAACUCUCAGUUGUUAAUACAAACAGCGCUGAAGGAGCCGCUAGUUUGGAAAAGAAAGAAGUUCUCAAUGUAGAUUUUAGCAUCAAUCAAUUUGUGAGAAAUCUUGGACUUGAACAUUUGAUUGACAUACUUGAAAGAGAGCAGAUAACAUUGGAUGUACUUGUUGAAAUGGGGCACAGAGAAUUAAAGGAAAUUGGAAUUAAUGCUUAUGGUCAUAGACACAAAAUAAUAAAAGGAGUUGAAAGGCUGAUCUCUGGACAGCAAGGUCUUAAUACAUAUCUAACAUUGAAUACUUCGGGUAGUGGGACAAUCCUUAUAGAUCUCUCUCCGGAUGAUAAAGAGUUCCAGUCGGUGGAGGAUGAGAUGCAAAGCACUGUUCGAGAACACAGAGAUGGCGGCCACGCUGGUGGGAUUUUCAACAGAUACAACAUCUUAAAGAUACAAAAAGUAUGUAACAAAAAGCUUUGGGAAAGAUACACUCAUAGGAGGAAAGAGGUUACUGAAGAGAAUCAUAAUCAUGCUAAUGAAAGGAUGUUGUUUCAUGGCUCUCCUUUUGUAAAUGCAAUUAUUCACAAAGGCUUUGAUGAGAGACAUGCUUACAUUGGAGGAAUGUUUGGAGCAGGAAUUUAUUUUGCUGAAAAUUCUUCCAAAAGCAACCAGUAUGUCUACGGUAUUGGUGGCGGCACAGGUUGCCCCCUUCACAAAGACAGGUCCUGUUACAUCUGCCAUAGGCAGUUGCUUUUUUGCCGAGUAACUCUGGGUAAAUCAUUCCUACAGUUCAGUGCCAUGAAAAUGGCUCAUUCUCCACCAGGACACCAUUCAGUUACUGGACGACCUAGCGUGAAUGGGCUAGCUUUAGCCGAAUACGUCAUCUACAGAGGAGAACAGGCCUAUCCAGAAUAUUUGAUUACCUACCAGAUUGUAAAGCCUGAAAUUGCCACAGAAGCUUGAAGCUCCAGCUAUUUUACAAAGGUCAAAUUUAGCAGUAAUCUUAAUUGCUAAUAUAUAUACACAUAUAUCCUCCCCUCCCCUGUUCCCCAUCUUGCUGGUAGAAAAUGUGAAUAAAAUCUUAACAUUUUUGACAGAUGAAGCUUUAAUAACUGUAUAGUACAUUUUCUACAAAUUCAGAAACUUUUUCAGCACUUUAAGAGAUCUCAUUCCAGGUGAUGCUGGUUUGUCUGUACUGAAUUAUAAAACAGAUAUUAACUUGAACUUUUGUUUUCUAUUUGCCAUUUCAGUGAAAACUAACAAAAUUGUUGCUAUACGGGAACUCAUUUUAUUAAAACUGUGUUCUUUAAAACACUACAUUUACACAGAGAACGAUUGCGUUUGUAAAACUGUAAAUAAGAUAUUUUCUACUAGCCUGAUAUUUAUUUGCAUUGUAUUUGUAAAAUAAGUGUUUUAAAACUACAGUACAUGGAAAACCUAUAAACUUCACAUCCCCGUCUGCAUUUCAUCACAAGCAGCUGUGAAAAGGGCAGCUUGAGAGUCUUGCAUAUUAAGCAGCAGCAUUCUUUCCUUCAGUUAGUUUAAAGGAGGAAUGUGUAUUCCAGUAGUUUGUUCCUAAAUUGUGCAUAUUCCUGAGGGAUCUAGUCAACAUUCCAGUUGUUCAUCACAUUGAUCACUACUUAAAUAUAUAUUUUGGAUGGGUGUAAGUUAGCUAAUCGUUUGUCUAAAGUAGGGAAACCUGAUUCACAUUAAAACAGGAUAUUUAAGAGUGAACAAGCCUAUGUUCCUGAUUUCUGUUUAGAUAUAAUGGCACUAUAAAAUCAAAAUGGAUCUUUUGCAAGUAAGACAAAGGUGGGAAAGGGGUAUCCACGUCCUUAGAACACUGAAAACUUUUUCACACACCCUCUUCUAAAAUGUAAUCUCCUUAUUCCUUUAGUUCAAUCAAUAUUUUUUCAUCUUAUAGGUUCAUCUGUAAUAUAUAUCUGUAUAUAUAAUUCAAUUUUUUCCAUUGAUCCAAUUUUAAAUGAGCAAUUAAUUGAAGUUCUUCAACUUUGUAAGACCAUGUUCCAUGAUGUACUUUUAAUUAUACAUCAUUAUUACACUAUGGGGUUUUUUAAAAAAAAAUAAUUGCCAAGAGUGCUUAAAUUGUCUGGUUCAUACAGUAUCUUAGAUUUGAGUCUUAAAUAAUUGCUGUGCACGUGAAGUCAGUGCAUGGAUGGUUAUAAAAUCAUGUGAAAAAUAUAGUAAACAUCACUUUGUUGUGAUCACUGCUGGAUAAAGGACAGUUCAGUUGAAUAAAAGAGGUCUUUGCACCACCGCAUGCUUUCUAUUCACUAGCUUAGCCAAAUACCUGAACAAGUAUUCAUGCAAACUAUGCUAACUAUGAUUUAAGCAUUAAAAACUAUUUUUCAUUAUUGAAAACAUUUCAUUCUUUGUGAAUGAUUAUUUAAUGUGAUGUAAAUUAUUGUGAUAUUGGUAGCAUUUUAAAUGGUACCACAGGAUUGGUUAGAACGUUUUUUAAUUUUGCAUGGCAUACCUAUUUUUCAGAAGGCAGAAUGUGUAAUGAUUUUGAUUGUGUUGAGUAGAGGUGAGCUUCCAGCCUCCUGUGCAAUUAGAGGUUUAUUCAUCUUGAAAGUGUCUUACCUGUAUUGUAUCUCUUUCUUCACCAUUCAACCUAAAUAAACUUCAUUCACAAGCUUUUUGGUAGCAUG